AUGGAAACUCAGAAAUUAUAUAUCUUUGCCUAUUCCUUGAGGCUUCUGUUAUCAAUAUUAAAAUUAAUUCUCUAUAAAAUUAGGAUAAUAAACUAUUAUUUAUUUUUCUUAUUAGCUUAUAAUAUAGAAUAGUAUUUCAUAAUAAAUAAUCUUAUUAUUAUAAAUAAAAAAUAUAAACAAGUUUUCUUAUUAAAACACACAUAAAAUAUUUUGGAAGAGAAAUUCCAGUGUAAUUUUUAAAUAGACGACAAAUCGACCAUGAAAAUGAGAAAGACAAUAAGCAGCCAAUCCUUUCAAAAAUCACCGAAAUUGUGGAUCAUAACCCGCAGAGUGAAAUUUCUAUACAAGUAGACUCAAUUGAAUUCUCCAAGCAAGAAAUUAGAAAAGAAAAUCCAAGCGAAAUUGCUGUUGAGAACUCUUCAUUUAUUCAGGCAACAAGGUCGCAUUCUUUAGGAUUCCAAGUAACUUCUUUUCCUAUGAGAAAAAUAAAACUGAAAAGAGGCAGCAUUUCUACACAAAAAUCGCCAGCUGAUUUUGACCGUGGACUUGCUAUAAGACCAAAUUCAACAGGGUUUGAAUUUGAGUCUCCACCGCAGCCUUACAAAACUUUGAAUUACUUUAAGCACAAUCCAUGAGAAAACCUGAAAUACCGAAAAUUGAAGCCAGUAAAGGUGAAUAAUAAAGAUAGUAUUUUGGUAAUCAAAGAAAAACAGGACAUGUCGUAUGCCCUGGAUAAUAGAAAUACUCCAUUAAAAAUUCGAAGCCCUCCUCACAGUGUAUAUAAGAAAUUAAAGCCGAUUAAUUCACAGAAAUAUAAGAAUAUAUUUAACGCACAAGCUAGCCCAAAGAAAAAAAUCCGGUUCAGGUCAAAUAAAGACUUGGAGAUUACAGGAAUUAAAAAAUAA